CACCAAUCCCUUUCUGGCAGAGCCCCUCCGAGCCCCAGGAUUAACGAUGGUGGCAGGGGCUACAGGCUCGGGGUGGGGGUCCUUGGUGGGUGGCUGCCUGGUGAGGGGGAUUUCGGAUUCCCCCCCUGGGGUCAGGUGUGGGCACAGAGAGAAGAUGGCAGCCAGGCUUACCACAGCGCUCCUCUUCAUCAUGCAAGCAGCCGGGGUACGACAGGGUUGGUCAUCGGAGGUGGUGGGGGCCGUUCAUGGGGUGGUGUAUCUCAGUCCCAGCCUGCAAAACCAGACCUACCACCAAAUCCAAUGGCGACGUGACAAUGUAAUGAAGAUUGCCAGCCGGGACGGCAGCGCGCCGGUCCAGUACCCCAACACCCCCUACAAGGGACGCCUGGAGCUCUUCCCCAACAACACCCUAAAGAUCAGCUCCCUUCAGGAAACAGACAGCAGCACGUACCAGGUGUACCUGGAGGAUGUCGAGGGCAAGGAGCACAUCGAGAACAUCCUUCUGACGGUGUAUGACCUGGUGCCGAAGCCCACUGUGAAUGUUGAGGUGAUCGGGGAUGAGCCAGUGUUGUGUGAAGCCAUCCUGAAGUGCUCAGUGGGGCUCAAAGGGGUGACCUACGAGUGGGAGCGGUCCAAGAAGGUCCCACUGGAUACGGCUGGUUCUGUGCUGCAUGUUUCCUUCAACCCCUCGCUAGAAACCUACACCUGCAAAGCCAGCAACCCCGUGUCCUCCAACUCCACCUCGCUGACCUACAGGCACCCCUGCUCCUGGAUAGGUGAGUCCUCCAGUGCCGCAUCCUGCACCACCACCAGCGUGCUGAUGGCCCUGGGGUACUUCGUCCUCCUCCUUUUCCUCCUCCCUCUGGAUUAAGGGUGCUCUUCAGUUGACCUCUGUACUCAUCUCAGCACCCCCCACCACUGGACCAGCGCCUGGAUGAGGCCCCCAGGCUGGCUGGAUGCAGAAAGAUGCAGGUGCUCAAGGGAACUGUUAGAACCAGCAUCGGUUACACCAUCACCCACCUGGUCUCUGGCUGCUCCGCUGCUGCCUUCAGGGUCCCUCCUCCCCUUCUCUCCUUUCCUUCAUUCAGAGAUCAUGUUCUUCAGACUGGAAUAAAACGGGUAUGAAUAUUGUUGCAA